UACCGUUUAGUGGAUCUCUCUCACGCAGUCUUUGUCCCUCAAGAUCUCUGUUUAGGAGACAAUUAUGGUCUGUUUUUCAGGAGGCCAGGCUGUUUCCUUUCUGCUGCUCACCUUUCUUGACUUCCAGGAGUGACAGUCCCAUCUGUGUUUGACGGGACACACUCUCAACCACGGGCAGCAUGCUUUUUGAAACGUGGCUCGUGGUCGCCUCCGUGCCGCUGCUGCCCGCCCUCCUCGUCGUGGCGUCCGGUCGAUGUCGUGUCCAAGUGGCCGCGCUGUGCCGUGGAGCUCUGGCCCGGGCCCUGAGGAUGCUGCGAGGCAGGGUGUGUGUCAGGAGCACCCACUCCUUCGUGUUCUCCGAGUGCACCCACGGCAACGCCCGCAGCGUCCUGGAGACCUUUGACCUCUACGCCGACACACACCCGUCCCUCUGCAUCGGCCCUCAGACUGGUGAAGCCCUGGAUGAAGCGGUGGGGCGUGUCCGUCCCUGCCGGGUCUUGGAGCUCGGGACCCACUGUGGCUACAGCUCUGUCCGCAUGCUGCGUCUGCUGCCCCCUGCUGGCAGGCUGGUCACAGUGGAGCUGGACCCACUUACAGCAGAGCUCGGGGAGGAGAUCAUCCUGGUGGCUGGCUUCAAACACUCCCAGUUCCAGGUGUUGACCUCCAGCUCAGCGGAGGCCAUCCCGACUCUGCGUUCGCUUCUCGAGCUCAACCGAGGGACCGGCGAGGGGCUCAAUCUGGUGCUGAUGGACCAUGACCCCGAGCGGUACCUCCCGGACCUGCUGGCUCUGGAGAGAGAGGAGCUCCUCUGCCCCUCCGGCUGCUCCGUCCUUCUGAUCCACAGGAACCGAAGAGCCGGAGACCGCGGAGGAAUCCUGGGUCACGUCAGGGCGAGGCCCGACUGCUACAGCGUCGAGUCAGAGCUUCAGUUCAUGACGGAGAUCUUCUACCAACAGGAAAGCACAAAGGAGAAUAAGUGAGAACAACAUCUAAAGAUGUGUGUGUGUGUGUGUAGACUAUA